AUGUCGCAAAACGUCCAGGUCAAACGUAAACGCACGAGAACACUGGAUACCGCACCACGUGCAGGCACGUCGUUGCGGUCCGUGCCCCAGAGCAUGUUUCUAGACAACGAUUCGGAUCCCAUUAUCGGAGAAAUGCUGGCACGUCAGUCUGCACUUUUACAGGGAAAUCUCAUCGACUCUCACUUUGCCAGUGCGACGGCCACAACCACAGCAGAGGGCUCUGCCACCGGGGGCAACGAAAAUGCGCUUCGGGGACACACAGCUCCCGACGAAAGCGUCGAUGCCACUGUCAACAAUAACGUCGUGAAUCGUCACUACGACCACGACGACGACGACGACGAUGACCUCAUUUUUAUCAAGGAGCAGCCCGUCCAGGUUCCAGCGCAGCUGGAUCUGCGCACAGAGCACCACUACACUAGCAAAAAAUUCAAGAAACAGAGGACCAUAUCCUUACCACAGCUUCCGUACUCCAAACUUCUGUACGAGGCUGCUCAACACCGUGCCCAGCCCCGUCGUCAAAACGACGACGACUUGCUCCACCUGAGUGGCUCGUCUACCAAGACCAUAGAUGGGAAUCGCGCCGUGACCCUCAACGUGGUGAAAAGUGUCUCUCCGUUAACCGUCAAUGAUCACGGCUCACCGGUUUUCAGACGCAUGACUGCGGCACCCAAGAUAUCCAAACUGGUAUCUGCAGCCAAAAAAAAGAAUAAGCGAGAGUUGUUCCAAACGGAUAAAGAAGGUCACUACGUAUACCGCGAAAAUGACAUUUUCUGUAACGGCAGAUUCGUUGUCAAAGGCUUGUUGGGACAAGGGACAUUUGGGAAAGUGGUUGAAUGUAUUGAUAAUAGUUCAACUCCUCAACAUAACAACGAGUUCCAAGGGUUCGAGGAUCCGUUCGUAGAAUCGUUCGAAGACUCCCAUUUCGAUUUAGACUAUUCGACUUCCAAUACUGCCAGUGUCCCUAAUCCAACAAAGCCAGUUGCUAUCAAAAUUAUACGUGCUGUUGAUCGGUACAGAGAGGCUGCAAAGACCGAACUGCGGGUUCUUAAAGCUAUUUUGAACAACGAUCCUUCGGGCCAGUAUCAAUGUUUGUUACUGCGCGAAUGUUUUGAUUACAAAAAUCAUAUCUGCUUGGUUACUGAUUUGUUUGGAAAAUCGAUCUACGAUUUCAUGUGCAAUAAUGGUUGCCCGCGUUUCCCAGGCUCCCAUGUUCAAGCUAUUUCCAAACAGCUUAUUCGUUCAGUUUGUUUUCUACACGAUUUAGGGAUAAUUCACACCGACUUGAAGCCGGAAAAUGUGUUGCUAUGCGACGAAUUUUACGUGGGAAAGCCUCUGUCACAACACCAAUUGUCGAAUUUGAGUCCGCGCCGGAAAAGUGCUUGCAAUGGAGAACGGAAGUUUUUAACCAAUCCCGAAGUCAAAUUAAUUGAUUUUGGCAGCGCAGUUUUUUACAACGAGUUUCAUCCCGCGGUUAUCUCAACUCGCCACUACCGUGCGCCUGAGAUUGUGUUAGGACUUGGAUGGUCUUUUCCAUGCGAUAUUUGGUCUAUCGGCUGUGUUUUGGUAGAAUUGGUUACAGGUGAAUCAUUGUACCCGAUACACGAAAAUUUGGAACAUAUGGCUAUGAUGCAAAGGUUCAAUGGUAUAGCAUUCCCGCCUAAAAUCGUGGAAAAUAUGUUUUACAAGUCGGAUCGUAAAAUAGGGAAUUUGGCUCCAGAUUUAAAUGCCACUGUCGUCAAGCACUUUGAUAGAGAAUCAUUAGCACUUCAGUGGCCAGAACGUAACGCCAAGGGUGAAAUCGUUACAAAGGAGAGAUCCAUGAAAAGAAUUUUAUCUAGCUGCGACCGGCUAGACAAAUACGUGAUGCAAAAAAUACGACAGGAUUAUGGCGAUUGGUUAGUCAUAAAUUGGGAUUUAAGCUCUGAGGACAACUGGGCUUUAUUGGAAUCAAAAUUCGACGAACAGGUACUCGACAGAGAGGUUUUUUUGUUCUGGUACUGGUUUAUGGAUUUGUGCAAAAAAAUGUUUGAAUUUGAUCCUACUAAAAGGAUAACUGCUAGGGAGGCUAUCGACCAUGAGUGGUUCAAUUAUGGUAUUUUGGACGAGGGUAUUGCAAGUUUUGGAAAAGCUGGACGUGACUAA